AUGGUGGCUUCGGCCUCCACUGGUCCGACCUCCAUGGCUGCUCAACCCUCCAUGGGCCGACAACCCACCCGGUCGGCCAGCACCCACCCUUCGCAUUCACACAAUGUCCCGUUGAGCGCUAGGCGAUCUGCCCCCUUGGAUCUUUCGACAGUCGAGCGGCGUGGUCAGACGAAUUCGCCCCGCGAGCCGUCGAAACGCGUGCGUCCUCAUGGCUUGCCCGAGGCUCCUACCUUUCGACCAACAGAGGAGGAAUUCAAGGAUCCUGUGGCCUAUAUUCAAAAGAUCGCACCCGAAGGCCGUAAAUAUGGAAUUUGUCGAGUCAUUCCUCCAGAAAAUUGGCAGCCACCUUUCGCGAUUGACACGGAGCGCUUCCAUUUCAAGACCCGUCGGCAAGAGCUCAAUUCAGUCGAAGGAGGUAUGAACCCGCAUUCAGCCCAGGCUGCUGCCGGUGAAAUUUCUCCGCAGCGAGAAUCUGACCAGGUGUCUGCCUCAGGAAAUCGCGCCAAUAUGAAUUAUAUCGACGGGCUUGCGAUGUUCCACAAACAACAUGGGACCAAUUACAGUCGAUUGCCCAGCGUGGAUAAACGUCCCCUUGACCUUUACAAGUUAAAAAAGGCUGUCGAGGUUAGAGGCGGGUUUGAGUCGGUUUGCAAGACCAAAAAAUGGGCAGAAAUAGGCCGUGACCUUGGCUACAGUGGCAAGAUUAUGUCCUCCCUGUCAACAUCGCUGAAGAAUUCUUACCAGAGGUAUUUGCAACCGUACGAAGAGUACCUGGCACGAGCGAAGCCAGGCGUUCAACAUCAGCUUGAGUUGGAAAAUGGUGGUCCUUAUACACCAUCGCCGCGUCAGUCACCAAUGACGAAAAAGCCCGUGCCAGAACAAAACGGCACGCCCUCCAAGACUGGCUACGGAACGCCAACAAUGCCUGCCGCAUCAGCGACAGGAACUCCCUACCAGAGACCGUCUGAUAAGACAGCUUCUGUGGAGCCGACACCUACUCCUCCACCCCGCCCGGCGCCUUCUGGAUUUACACCUGUUAAUGCAGGAGUUGGCGGAUUCACUGCUGUUAAUCAUUCUCCAGCUUUCACACCUGUGAACCAGGGGCCGCCUAUCAAACACGAAGGCGAAAACGGGUCAUCCACACCGAAGAGUAUACCUGAGCAAAUAUCGCAAUUCACGCCAGUGCCUAAUGGCCAUUCGGGACAAACAGUCAAGCGAGCUAUCAGUCAUGAUGAGAACAGUUCGCAAGCCGAGAAUGGUGAUGAUGGAGGCAGUGGUCGACGUAGCAAGCGUUUGAAGAAAGACAUGCCACCAACCGUUGCUGGGUCUCACAUGUCCCUUCUUCGUCCGGCUCCACCAAAAGGGCGCAAUGGUGUCCAGAAACUUGGCGAUAAAUGCGAGUCAUGUGGCAAAUCGGAUAACCGAUCCGGAAUUUUGGUUUGUGAUAGCUGCGAGCUUGGUUAUCACACAACUUGCCUUGAUCCCUCUACAACCUCUUCAUCGGAUCACGACUGGCAUUGUCCGAAAUGUCUCGUCGGUACCGGAGAGUUCGGGUUCGAAGACGGUGGCGUGUACUCGCUCAAGCAAUUUCAAGAAAAAGCGAAUGAAUUCAAAAAGCAAUAUUUUGCCUCGAAGAUGCCCUUUGACCCUGUUCUCAACACGCACCGACGAGAGACAGAAGACGAUGUCGAGGCUGAAUUCUGGAAGCUGGUCGUCGAUCUACAUGAAACGGUCGAGGUCGAAUACGGCGCUGAUAUUCAUUCCACUACCCAUGGCAGCGGCUUUCCCACCAUUGAGCGCAAUCCGCUUGAUCCGUAUUCUUCAGAUCCUUGGAAUCUGAAUGUGUUGCCUUUCUUUGGAGAUUCACUCUUCCGACAUAUCAAAUCAGACAUAUCAGGCAUGACCGUGCCGUGGGUCUAUGUUGGAAUGUGUUUCUCAACCUUCUGUUGGCACAAUGAGGAUCACUAUGCCUAUUCUGCAAAUUAUCAGCACUUCGGCGCUACGAAGACGUGGUAUGGUAUACCAGGAGCCGAUGCCGAGGCUUUCGAGAGUGCGAUGCGAGAGGCAAUCCCUGAACUGUUUGAGGGGCAGCCAGAUCUUCUCUUCCAGCUAGUGACCUUGAUGCCUCCCGAUAAGCUUCGUAAGGCUGGUGUCAACGUGUAUGCUGUGGACCAAAGAGCAGGUCAAUUUGUUCUCACUUUUCCUCAGGCUUACCAUGCGGGCUUCAACCACGGUUUCAAUUUCAAUGAGGCUGUGAACUUUGCGCCCGCAGACUGGGAACCUUAUGGAGCGGCAGGUGUCGAGCGACUGCAAACAUUCCGCCGAUACCCUUGUUUUUCACACGAUGAAUUACUGUUUACGGCUGCUGCGCGAGAUACGUCAAUCACAACUGCCAAGUGGCUUGCUCCCGCCCUUGACCGCACUAUCAACAGAGAACUUCAUGACCGUGCCUCGUUUUUGUCUCGACACAGAGAUGCAGCCCCUCACCAUUGCACCCUCGGUAAAGAUUCAUCGAAGAGUGAUUGCGAGCUCGAGCUUGUAGUGGAAGAGGAUGAUCUCCCGGAGGACGACUACCAAUGUCAGCACUGCAAAGCCUACACUUACCUCUCGCAGUUCCGUUGUCACAAGUCAGGGAAGACACUUUGCUUACUCCAUGCGGAAGCAUUUGACUGCUGCGGUGAGGGCGCACCACAGAAGCUGCUUGGACCGGGGCACACUCUUCGCUAUCGCAUGAGCGAUGAAUCCCUCAAGUCGGCAGCGCAAAAGGUCCAUGAACGUGCGAAAAUUCCAGAAAUGUGGCAAGAAAAGCUCGACAAAACUCUCGAGGAUGAGCCCAAGCCUCAACUAAAAGCCCUCCAUGCUUUGCUCAGUGAAGGUGAGAAAAUCCCGUACCACCUGCCUGGCCUCCAAGAUCUUGCGGCGUUCGUCCAGCGCUGCGAUAGAUGGGUUGAAGAAGCAAACAACUACAUCACCCGCAAGCAGCAGAAUCGGAGAAAGAACGAGAAAGCCUGGCGCAGACCUGGAUCCAAGGCCGCGCAGCUGGACGAUCGAGAACGAGAAGUUCGCAAAGUUGAAAACAUCUAUGCGCUUCUUGCAGAGGCUGAUAAACUUUCCUUCGACUGUCCACAGAUGGCGGCCCUGGAAGAGAAGACCCGCGAAAUCGAAAAAUUCCGCCAAGACCUUAAUGUGGCCCUCGUCAAUCCGCACGCACGGUCAGCGCAGGAAAUUGAGGAGCUUGUCGAAGCCGGCCGAGCUUUCAAUAUCGAAAUUCCGGAAGUGGAACGUCUAGAGAGAAUACAUCAGCAGAUGAGAUGGUCCGAAGACGCCACUCGAAAGCGACAGCUCUAUAUGAGCCUACAAGAUUGCCGAGACUUAGUCGCUUCUGGGGAGCAGCUGGGGCUCAAGGACAACAACGAGCAAUUGCUGCACUUCAAGGAAAUGUGUCGUCUUGGUGAGGCUUGGGAGGCUAAAGCCAAGGAGUUGAUGGCUGUCGAAGCGGUGCAUUAUCAACAAUUAGAAGCGCUGUCCGCGCAAGCCUCCCGCUUCCCGGUCUCCCGAGAGACCCUCGCGGCCGUUGAUGCAAUUCUCAUAAAGCAGAGAGAAGCACAAAAGCGAAUUCAGACGCUCUAUGAGAAAAGUCAAGAUCCUGAUUUCAAGAAUCGUCCGAAGUACAAGGAAGUUCGUGAGCUCACAGAGUCUCUCGAGCAGCUAAAUAGCCGACCGAUCGGUGCAAUUGAUCUUGAGCGGGAACAGAAACGUCAUGAGGACUGGAUGCGGAAGGGCAAGAAACUGUUUGGCAAAGCCAAUGCGCCCCUUCAUAUUUUGAAGUCUCACAUGGAAUAUGUCGAGAAGAGAAACUCUUACUGUUUUGAUUUGGAGGACAGUUACCGACCACCAGUGGAACCAUCCUCUCGCGACAACACUCCUGACGGGCUUUUGGAAAACCCAGCUCCUAGCGUGUGGGGCCCGAAGUCUCGGAAGCGUGAUGUCUUCUGUAUCUGCCGUCAUUCUGAAGCUGGAAUGAUGAUCGAGUGCGAAGUUUGUCAUGAAUGGUAUCACGGGAAAUGUCUCAAGAUCGCGCGCGGCAAAGUCAAAGAGGUUGACAAAUACACUUGUCCAAUCUGCGACUGGCGACAAAAGAUCCCCCGAGACGCAGCUCGUCCGAAGUUGGAGGAUCUACUGGACUGGCAAGCCGAGAUGGCUUGUUUGCCAUUUCAGCCAGAUGAGGAGGAAGUUUUGGACCGCAUCAUCAACCAGGCCACUGCUUUCCGCGAUUUUCUACACAGCUUUACUAACGCUGCCUGCACGACAACGGAAGAGGUGCCCACUUUGAUCUUCUACUUGCGGAAGGUUGAGGGUGCUGAAGUGCUACUCGCUUAUGAAACCAACUUUUUCCGUCAAGAGAUCCAUAAAUGGGCCCCUGUUGCACCGGAAGCCCCCCCUAUACUCGAGCAGUCAUUGUCGACGCGCAAACCGCGUCCCACCAAGCAGCAGAAAAUCAUGGCCCAGCUUGGCGUGGAUCGACCGGAAGAUCUCCCUGAACAUUUGCGGACUAAGCACACGACGAGCCAAAGGCCCAAGUCGAUUGAUUCGCAAACACCGCGGCCAACAUCUCUUCAGCCAGCUACAUCGCCCUCCAGUAAUGGUAUGCCUACCACAACGGGGCCGACAUUGACACCAAUGCCCGACGCUAAUGGAGCUUCGUAUCCCUUUUCUGCCAAUUUUUCACUGGCGUUGAGUGAUUCGACUCCUGCCUUUGCGCCGACAACUACUUCAGCAUUUCUCCCUGGUGCUGCGGCGUCACAAUCCCCUUCUUUCCUUUCUCAGUCACCCUCAACAGAGCAAGGGAUGGAGCCUCUUUUCAGCCCCCCGCGGUUUGGACGUGAAGCGCAAUUUGCAAGCAGCAGUCCACGACAGAAUCUGGAUGAUGUGUUCGCAGAUCUCACCAAUCAAGAAGAGGUCGAGCCCGAGACUGAAGAUAUGGAGAACCUUCACGCCAAUGAAGCUUUGGAAGCUCUUAAUGCCAGUAAUGGCGGCAGUCGCGCUCCAUCGCCUGGUGAGGAUGUGUCUGCCACAAAGAAAUCAGAGGUCAAUGGCGCCGCGGUGGCAGCGAUAACUGAGACUGUUGAACCAGAGCUGUAA